GGAGAACACAUGCAAAUAAGAGGCUGCCGCCUAACCCGUCUGCAACACAAACUAAUGUUGAGAGAAGCAGCCUUUUGACGUAACCUGCUGCACUCAUUAAAGCUGUGUGUAAUGUCUGCUUACAGACUGGAUUGUAGACAAGUGUGGACUGGACCAGCUGAGAUGCACUUUUCCAGCCUGGUUUCAUGGUUUGACGAUGUCUGUGUCUGAGAGCUCCCUGCUGAACAAGGGCGUGAGGGAUCGGUAUAUGAAGCUGCCGCAGGGGGACCGGGUGCAGGUCACCUACGUGUGGAUCGACGGCACGGGGGAGGGUCUCCGCUGCAAAACCAGAACGCUGGACAGCGAGCCCAAGUGCCUUGAGGAUAUUCCCGAGUGGAAUUUCGAUGGCGCCGGCACCUCCCAGGCUGAGGGUUCGAACAGCGAAAAGUACCUGAUCCCUGUGUGCAUAUUCAGGGACCCCUUUAUCCUGGAUCCCAACAAGCUGGUGCUGUGUGAGGUGCUCAAGUACAACAGGAAACCUGCAGAGACUAACCUGCGGAUGCGAUGUAAGCAGGCGAUGGAUCUGGCUGCAGACUCGCACCCUUGGUUUGGGAUGGAACAGGAGUACACCCUGCUGGGCAUUAACAAGCACCCCUACGGCUGGCCGCAGAAUGGCUUCCCGGGGCCCCAGGGUCCUUAUUCCUGUGGAGUGGGUGCUGACAAAGUGUACGGGAGAGACGUUGUGGAGUCUCACUACAAGGCCUGCAUGUACGCAGGGGUCAAGAUAGCUGGCUCUAAUGCAGAGGCCAUGCCAUCCCAGUGGGAGUUCCAGGUGGGCCCCUCUGAAGGUAUGGAUAUGGGGGAUCACCUCUGGAUGGCGCGGUUUCUGCUGCACCGUGUGUGCGAGGAUUUCGGGGUGGUCGCCACGCUGGACCCCAAACCCAUCACCGGUAACUGGAACGGAGCGGGCUGCCACACCAACUUCAGCACCGAGGCCAUGAGGAACAAGGGCGGACUCCAGCACAUUGAAGAAGCCAUCGAGCGUCUGAGCAAGAGGCACGCCUUCCACAUCAAGGCUUACGACCCCAAGGGAGGGGCUGACAACUCCCGCAGACUGACAGGCUUCCACUCGACCUCCAGUAUUCACGACUUCUCCGCCGGCGUGGCCAACCGAGGGGCCAGCAUCCGGAUCCCGCGGCAGGUUGGGCAGGACGGCUGCGGCUACUUCGAGGACCGCCGCCCCUCCGCCAACUGCGACCCGUACGCAGUGACUGAAGCCAUUAUCCGCACCUGCGUCCUGAACGAGACCGGAGACCAGGAUGCAGCCUGACUCCCUCCGUCCAGCACAGGGCUGGCAAUGGCUCUACAGGGAUCUGUGUUUUAUUGUAGUGCCUGUUCUGAAUGUUUGUUAGCUCAGCUGGGUUGAACCAAUAAAUAUGUCUUGUUAUUAAAUCUAU